GUCGCGUCGGAGGUGACGCGUGGCGUAGACGUGACGGCUGUGCCUGUCACUCCCGCGGGUUUGCUGCGGAGGAGGAGCGGGCGCCAUGGCGGUUCUGCUGGAGACCACUUUGGGCGACGUAGUCAUCGACUUGUACACCGAGGAGCGGCCGCGCGCCUGCUUGAAUUUCCUGAAGUUGUGUAAAAUAAAAUAUUACAAUUACUGCCUUAUUCACAAUGUACAGAGGGAUUUUAUCAUACAAACUGGUGAUCCUACAGGGACUGGCCGUGGAGGAGAGUCUAUUUUUGGUCAACUCUAUGGUGAUCAAGCAAGCUUUUUUGAGGCAGAAAAAGUGCCACGAAUUAAGCACAAGAAGAAAGGCACGGUGUCCAUGGUGAACAAUGGCAGUGCUCAGCAUGGAUCUCAGUUUCUUAUUACUACAGGAGAAAAUCUAGAUUACCUUGAUGGUGUUCAUACAGUGUUUGGUGAGGUGACAGAAGGCAUGGACGUAAUUAAGAAAAUUAAUGAAACUUUUGUUGACAAGGACUUCAUGCCAUAUCAAGAUAUCAGGAUAAAUCAUACAGUAAUUUUAGAUGAUCCCUUUGAUGACCCUCCUGAUUUAUUAAUUCCUGAUCGCUCACCAGAACCUACGAGGGAACAAUUAGAUAGUGGUCGAAUAGGAGCAGAUGAAGAAAUCGAUGAUUUUAAAGGAAGAUCAGCUGAAGAAAUAGAAGAAAUAAAGGCAGAAAAAGAGGCUAAAACUCAAGCUAUUCUUUUAGAAAUGGUAGGAGACCUACCUGAUGCAGAUAUUAAACCUCCAGAAAACGUGCUGUUUGUUUGUAAAUUGAAUCCAGUAACCACAGAUGAGGAUCUGGAAAUAAUCUUCUCAAGAUUUGGGCCAAUAAGAAGUUGUGAAGUUAUCCGAGAUUGGAAGACAGGAGAGUCCCUCUGUUAUGCUUUUAUUGAAUUUGAAAAGGAAGAAGAUUGUGAGAAAGCAUUCUUCAAAAUGGACAAUGUACUUAUAGAUGACAGAAGAAUACAUGUGGAUUUUAGCCAGUCUGUUGCAAAAGUUAAAUGGAAAGGAAAAGGUGGGAAAUACACUAAGAGUGAUUUCAAGGAGUAUGAAAAGGAACAGGAGAAACCAUCUAAUUUGGUUUUGAAAGAUAAAGUAAAGCCUAAACAGGAUGCAAAAUAUGAUCUUAUACUAGAUGAGCAGGCAGAAGAGUCAAAAUCAAGUCACUCACACACAAGUAAAAAACACAAGAAGAAAACCCGUCACUGCUCUGAAGAAAAAGAAGAUGAAGACUAUAUGCCAAUCAAAAAUACUAAUCAGGAUAUCUACAGGGAAAUGGGAUUUGGUCACUAUGAAGAAGAAGAAAGCUGCUGGGAGAAACAAAAGAGUGAAAAGAGAGACCGACCUCAGAACCGAAGUCGUAGCCGAUCUCGAGAAAGGGAUGGCCAUUACAGUAAUAGUCACAAAUCCAAAUACCAAACAGAUACUUAUGAAAGAGAAAGGAGUAAAAAAAGAGACCGAAGCAGAAGUCCAAAGAAAUCCAAAGAUAAAGAAAAAUCUAAGUACAGAUAAAAGAUUAGAGGCAGAAAUGAGUGGCUAACAUACUCUCGUCUGACCUAGAGUACCAGGAAAGCAGAUGUUCAGAUUUUGUGUCAAGACAGUUCAAGACUCUGCUUGUUAUUUUUUUCAUAGUAGGAUCAUGGCCCUUUUAGAUUAAUGCUGAUUAUAUAGGGCACUGAAAGAUAAAGGAUUGAACAUUUUCUUUGUAUAUAUUUUUUAACACUAAUGUCAUUGUUAUACAUAAAUGGUAGUCUUCAUUUUUAAAGUUACAUUUUCACUCUUUUUUUAAAUGAAGUAUUUCAUACUACAAAAGUAUGUAAACAUGUAUAUAUGGCAUAAAGAAUAAUAAAUGUAAAUAUCUGUGUACGUAUCAGCUAGUUUUAGAAAUAGACAUUACAUUUUAGAAGUCUGCUUUUUCUACAUUUUGUGUUUGUCAUUGCUUUUGUUAUAGUCUUACAACAUAUGUGUGUGUCCCUAAAUGAAAUGUUAAUUUUGUAUGUUUUUUGGAUUUUAUAUAAAUGGCAUAAUGUAUGUUUACUUCUGUGACGUUAGUUUUCUGAUGUAGCAUUUUUUGAGAGUCAUAUAUUUUUUAUUGCCGAAUAUGCUACAACUUGCUUAUUCUUCUGUUAUAGACAUUUGGGUAUUUUGUGUUUGUUUUUGUUUUUGCUGUCGCAUACAAUGCUUCUGUGAAUAUUGUCUAUUUAGGAGUGCUAUUGAUUGGUCAUGUGGUAUGGCUAUAAUGCCAAAUUAUGUUCUGAAGUAGCUGUGCUGGCAUUGCGAAUUACCUUUGUUUCACAAAAUCUCUAACACUUGUUAAAUUUGGACUUUUAAAAUGUUGGCAUUCUAAUGGAUGUUAAGUGGUAUCUUAUGAUUUCCAGCAGAAAGACUACUGUUCUUCCCUCUUUUCUUCUCUAUGUAAAGUAUCUUUUUUUUUUCUGGCUACCUUUAAGGUUUUCUCUUUGUAACUGGUUUUAAGUGAUUUCAUUAUGGUGUG